AUGAGUCCCAGAGCCAGACAGCUCAAGAAAGCCGCACGGAUCAUCCUCAUCGGUGCUCCGGGUGUGGGGAAGGGAACGCAAACCGAAAGACUCCUUUCAAAAUUCCCUGAAUUAGCGUCAAUAAGCUCAGGCGACCUCUUGCGGGAGAAUGUACGAAAGAAGACUACACUGGGUUUGGAGGCUGAAGCCACAAUCCAAGCAGGCAACCUCGUCCCCGACUCUAUGAUCCUCAAUCUCAUUUCCUCCGAAUUCAACUCCAGAGGCUGGCUCUCACAAACUCAAAGCCGGACCACGUCUGUAUCUCCUGCAGCUUCCUUCAUCCUAGACGGCUUUCCACGAACCGCGUCCCAAGCCACGAGCUUGGAUUCCCUUGUCCCUAUCAACUUCGUCGUCCACCUGGUCACUCCGCCCUCUAUAAUCCUUUCUCGAAUAGCGUCGCGCUGGGUCCACGAGCCAUCAGGGAGGGUGUACAAUACCGAAUUCAAUGCUCCAAAGGUUCCUGGCAAGGAUGAUGUGACAGGGGAACCUUUGACUCAGAGAGAAGAUGAUUCAAUAGACACAUGGAAACAACGACUCCACAAGUUCGAAGAAACGAGCAAAGCUCUGCUUCAGCAUUAUCAGCGGAUGGGCUGUCUAUGGCGGGUGGAAGGUGACUCGAGUGACGAGAUUACUCCGAAGCUUCUUGCGGAGUUUGAGCGGAAAUUCUGCUAG